AUGAGAAAUGGAGAGAUUACUUUAAGUGCUUACUUUCCGGGAUCUAAUGACAUCCUUAAUCCAAGAUCAGUAGUGGAUCCAACCUUAAUGGACAAAGUUACUUAUUGCUUUUGGCUAAAGAUCAAAACAGACAUUACUCGGGAGCACUUCGUUUUCUCCUACGUAGUCGGCAGAGGAGAAGAUAACGAAGAAAUCAUGGUUUCCAUUAAAAUAACCAAUUCAACCGAAGAAGCACUGAUUAAACUUAAAGUUAGAAAUGUGCAGGCUUCAGUGAGUUGUUCCCCUUUCUUAAUUAGUAAGUGGAACAGACUUUGUAUGGCUUGGAGAAGUGUAGAUGGAAAAGUAAAGCUAAUCAUUGGAGAGUACUUGUGUAAUGACGAGAUAUCUGGUGUAACAACUGAACUAAAUGCCCGAUUUGGUGGUUUAGUUAUGCUGGGUCUGGAUCAACAUAGCGUGGACGAUGGGUUAUCGUUAAAUGAAACAGUUAUUAUUGGCGAGAUGACCCAAGCUAAUUUCUGGAGGGAGUUUCUGAAUACUGGUCAGAUGACACGAGCCAACUCUUGUAUUGCACAAGCUUGUAAAAGUAGCCCUUGUUGUUAUGGAAAUCAAGAAACUAAAAGCAAUAUUACCACCUGGAUUGAAACAAGGUUUAAGGUUCUAGAACGUUUAACGAUGUCUGGAUCGUUUGUUUGUAAAUGA